AUGGCGCCGAUCCUCUCAACCAACCCGACAGUCACGCUCACCCCGGUGCCGCUUACGCCGGAGAACUUUGCACAAUUCGGUACAGCAGUGGUAUCCCCGUUACCAAGAGAAUUAAACAUCGCCCCUCAACCAUCAUCCCUACCGCCACACGACCCAAUCCCGGUCCUGGCGAACCAAAACUCCGCUCUCAAGUACAGUCCCAUCUCCCCGCUCAUCGAUCGCUACACCAAUGUCUGUCCAAGUGGGCAGCCCUCCGAGGCACGCAUGACCAUGUUCUGCUGCUUCCCGCGCAAUCUGCGCACUGUCAGCACCGGCCCCCAGCUGUCUGAUAGGGAGGUCUUUGACGUGCGGAUCCUUGAGCGCCAUCCAUUUACGAAUCAGACUUUCAUUCCCGUUGAUCUGUCGGCUCAUUCGAAAGUCGGGGAUGGUGAGGAAGAGCCGCUGUUCUUAGUCGUUGUUGCGCCCACUUUGAAGGGAAAGACUGCUACCGCGAAGAAUGAGGCGGGUGAGACGGUCACUAUUCGUGACCCGCCGGAUCUGAAUAAUAUUAAGGCGUUUGUGGCGCGUGGUGGUCAGGCUGUUACUUACGGUGUUGGAACGUGGCAUGCGCCUAUGGUGGUUUUGGGCCGUAGGAGGGUUGAUUUUGUUGUUGUGCAGUUUGUUAAUGGGGUUGGGGAUGAGGAUUGUCAGGAGGCUGCGUUUGGCGAGGGUGUGGUUGUUGAUCUUGGUCGGAAGGGUCAACUUGGUCGGGUUGAGAAGGGUCCAAGGCUGUGGUCGGCUAAGCUCUGA